UUAUAUAGAAUGAGAUAUAUUCUGCAAGAUGGAAGACUCUUCAUUUGGUGCCUUUAAGGCUUUUGACAGGUGUAUGAAUUUGAUCCUCUGUGAUUGUGAUGAGUUCAGGAAGAUCAAGCCAGAGAAUGCAAAACAACCAGAAUGUGAAGAAAAACAGGUUUUGGGUCUGGUCUUGCUACGUGGGGAGAACUUGGUUUCCAUGACUGUGGAGGGUUCACCUCCUAAGGAUACUGGCAUUGCUCGUGUGACACUUGCUGGUGCUGCAGGUGGCCCUGGGGUUGGAAGAGCAGCUGGCAGAAGAGUACCAGCAUGUGUACCUAUUCCCCAAGCUGCUGCUGGAUUAGCAGGCCCUGUCCAAGGAGUUAGAGGCCCACACCAGCAGGUCAUGACCCCACAGGGAAGAGGCACUGUUGCACCUGCUGCUGCUGCUGCUACUAGUAGUAUUGCAGGAGCUCCAGCCCAGUACCCGCCAGGACAGGGACCUCCACCUCCACCUGUAGGCAGAGCGACCCCAUCUCCAGGCAUUAUGGCUCCUCUGCCUGGUAUGAGACCACCCAUGGGCCCACCAAUUGGCCUUUCCCCUGCUCAAGGGACACCUAUAGGCAUGCCCCCUCCAGGAAUGAGACCCCUCAACAGGAAUUAGAGGCCCACCUCCCCCAAAAAUGCAUCCACCAAGACCCUAAGGUACAGUUGCUCAAUCUCGACCCUCUCUUCCCCUAAAAUGCUUCUUGUGAAACUGUGUAGCCUGCAAGCUUUUGACCCCUCUUACUGCAUUAACUACAGAAAAUAAAUACAUAGAGCAAUUGAAUUGAAAAUGAAGGAAGGAAGAAGAGAAGAUAAGAGAAAAGAAAAGAAAGAAAGCUAAGCAAGCCAGGGGAGCAAGACAGUAAGUUACACCCUCCAUGGCCUCUGCAUCAGCUCCUGCUUCCUGAGCUGCUUGAGUUCCAGUCCUGACUUCCUUUGAUGGUGAACAGCAACGUGGAAGUCUAAGCUGAAUAAACCCUUUCCUCCCCAA